CUUUCUCCCUACAGAGGGAUGUUGUUGUAACACAUUCCCCAAUUUUCUGCUGAGCUCACUUCUUCAUUUCCACCAACGGCUGGACUUUGUGAAACUUCCUGGUGGUUGGAUUUGCUGUCUCCUCCUUUUUGACAUUGUUGCUCCCGAUGCCGUGAUGUGCAAUCCUUGUCUCUAGACAGCGUUCUCUGUGAUGACGAGGCAAAUCUUCUGGCUGGGCCUUAUGCAAACUCUCUGGGUGCUUAGCGUGGCCUUCCUGCUGGUCAAGGAGGCAAACGCUGUUGGAUCUUCCAAUGGACCAUGGGAAACCAAGUUCCUAGCACCCUUCUUAGUCGAUGGCCUUGGGCAACCUAUUGGAAUCCAAAGUUCAGCCCCACAUGUGGACUGUAGAGAAGUGGGGAAACAGAAUCGAUCGAACCGUUGUUCCUUCAUCCGGCAUAACCCGGACUGCAAGAUGGACAGUGGCUUUCUCAACUACCUCAACGGAGUCUUCUGCGUCUUCCCCGCUGCUCUGCAACCUUUGGCCAUGACUCUUUAUGUUCUCUGGCUUCUCUACCUCUUUGUUCUCCUUGGAGUCACAGCUGAGAAAUUCUUCUGCCCUAACUUAUCGGCCAUCUCCACCAAGUUGCAGCUGGCUCAUAAUGUGGCAGGUGUCACCUUUCUGGCUUUUGGAAAUGGGGCACCUGAUAUCUUCAGCGCGGUGGUCGCGUUCUCUGAUCCCCGGACGGCUGGGCUAGCCAUUGGAUCUAUCUUUGGUGCUGGCAUCUUCGUCACCACUAUAGUUGCAGGUGGCAUAGCCCUCGUAAGGCCUUUCACGGCUGCCUCUCGUCCCUUCCUACGGGACGCUGUCUUCUACAUGAUCGCAGUGUUCCUGACCUUUGUGUCUCUCUAUUUUGAACAAGUCACCUUGGCAGAAGCUCUGAGUUUCCUUGGACUUUACAUCUUCUAUGUCUUGACUGUUGUGGUCUCAACCUGGCUUCACAAGAGACAACGCAGAGAAAGAUUGGCUCCACCCAGCCAUCCAGAACCAGAUCUUUCAACAGAUUCUGAAGAGGAAGACACUGCAAGCGUGAAUGGGGAGGAAGAAUACCAACCUUUGUUGCCCUCAGAGGAGACCACGUUCCAGAUUCUGACUCAGUCCAUCAAUCCUCUGGAUUAUAGGAAGUGGAGGAGGAAACCCUGGUACUGGAAACUGCUCAAGGCCUGCAAGCUUCCUGUGGAAUUGGUCCUUUUGCUGACAGUACCAAUUGUUGACCCUGACCGGGAAGAUCAAAACUGGAAGCGGCCUCUGAAUUGUCUGCACCUGGUCACUGGCCCACUCAUCUGCAUUCUCACCCUGAAAUCUGGGACCUAUGGUCUCUACAAGUUCCAGGGGGUCUUCCCAGUUUGGGGUCUCGUGGUCUUGGUUGGGGCUACUUUAGCUGCGGUCAUCUUUUGCACCACAAAAAAUGAAGAACCACCCCGCUACCACUUGGUUUUUGCCUUUCUGGGAUUCCUUGUCAGUGCCAUGUGGAUCAACGCAGCAGCUACCGAAGUGGUUAACAUCCUGCAGACUUUAGGUGUCAUCUUUCGUCUAAGCAACACAGUCUUGGGGUUGACACUGCUGGCCUGGGGAAACAGCAUUGGGGAUAUGUUCUCCGACCUCACCAUGGCGCGUCAAGGCUAUCCCCGGAUGGCUUUUUCAGCCUGUUUUGGGGGUAUUAUCUUCAAUAUGCUUGUUGGCGUCGGGCUUGGCUGCCUUUUGCAAAUGACCAGCAGCAAAUUAGUAGUCAGGCUGGAGUCGGAUGGCCUCUUGGUAUGGAUUCUAGCAGGAGCCCUGGGCCUCAGCCUGAUAAUUUCUUUCCUUUCUGUACCUGCCCAGUGCUUUCACCUGGGUCAUGGCUACGGCUACUGCCUCAUUGCGUACUACCUGGUGUUCUUAACAGUUGCACUGCUGACAGAGUUCAGGGUGAUCCGAAUUCCCACCGUCUAAACGAGGCAUCUCAUCUUAAGACCUCGCCUACAUCACCAAAGGUUGGACCUGCAUUGGAUCCUGUUAUUUACUUGAAAAUGGUGCCUUCUGAGACAAAGACUUGCUGGCAAGUUCUCAAGAGGGCCUGGUAGCCAGGUUUGAUGGUGGCCGCUGAGAGAAGGACGAUCAGUGGAACCCUGAGCAUUGUGACAGACCUGCAUCAAUCCAGCUGUUUCAGAGCCCUUUAUGUGAUUCUGGGAUUUUAGAACCAAGCCAGGGUUGCAGGAUACUUGAGACCCCAUCUCAGUCAGUGUUAGCUUUUCUACGGAAAACACACUAUUUAGAUAGCAAUACUUUUUUUAAGGUAUCCUUUUUUUUUUAAGAAAUGAAUUUUAUUAGACGUAUUUUUCAGCUCCUGAACUGAGUCUUUAACGCAUCCAAAGUAUGGACUGAAUUCUCCAUCAACUGUGACCACUGGUUGUUAGCAGGGGUGCCUUCAAGACUCUUAUGAAACGGGUAAGACCCUGCCAUCUUGACUUGUUUGCCCCGUCCUGCUGUUGGCUAUUAAGAUAGAGUUUUGUCAAGAAAAAGCAUAGAAAAAACUGUCUUUCCAGUGAUCGGAUUGUGAAGGUUGACGUUUAGGCACCAAAUGGCAUUUUCCAUCCACGAGCGAGGCAUAUUUGUAGACCUGCUGCUGUGUUGAUAUGUAGCAAAACUCUGAAAUGGAAAGGUGGGUGGAAUCACGUGCCAGCAGCCUAUGAAAAACAGAUCACUUGGGUGUGUUCACCAGCAUGCUUCCCCACCUUAUUGCAUUAGCCCAUUUUUAAGGCUUGUAUAACUACCCUGACCUGCAAAUCAUCUAAACAGAUUGGCUUCAUCCAACAUACUAAGCUACAAAACCAGGAUUAAAACUAAACAAGGCUGGGAUGAUGGACUAAUGAAACGGCUAGGUUUGUAACUGACCAGGGAAAGCAUGAUGUGUGAACAUAGCCAGCAUUUUUCAAAGGGACAUACAGAAGGGAUAGAUUUUGCAAGCUCACGAGACAAAGAAAGGACAUUUUUCAUUGUCUCUGAAGGCAGGUCUGUUAAUCGGAAUGAGGCAAAAGAACUGUUUGGGUGCAAAAGGCAUGAGCAAUUCUGUGUAGUUCUUGGUUCCUCUUCCCUCCCAAUUUUUCUGACACCUUUGAAAAGCGUUGUUUAUUUUAUUCUCCCCAUUUCCUCUUUCUCCUUUUAUUAUUGUGCUGGGUGAGCAAAUACGAUACAUAUUUAAUAGGAUCAAAGAUAUUUCUCCAUAUGCCCUCAAACACAGUAGGUGGUUUGCAGAAAAGUAGUGGCUGAGCAAUUCUUUUUCAUUCUUCUUGUCUUUUCAUUCUUCUUGCUAAGUCAGUAAUGAGGAGUAAAGCAUUCUGGGACCUUUGCACCCUGACUUACUUGCACAAUUAACAACGGAUUCAUUCAGCCAGCUGUGCCCACCCAGCUGUGCAUCAUGGCUUAACAUGUUCUUCUCGACUUGCUCUCUUUUUUUGCUGCACUCUGAAGCAAAAAUAGGCCUUUCACCGAUCUCCUAGUUUUUUGUCACCCACAGCUGGUGGAUUAGCAUUUGGCUGAGUCAUCAAUUGCACAGACUGGGUGUUGACCUUGUGCAAAUAUGGUUUAUGCAGCUGCUGGGAGGUGGCCGAGGAAAACUUGCUUCACAAUCUGUAUGUCAGCAAGAAACAGGUGCCUCUGCAGUGAAGAAACAGUGGAGCAAGUUUCUUUCUCAGCCAUUUCUCGACCAUCUGAGGCGAGAUCACAAAGAUUUGGGCUCCACGUUGGGCAACAGCACACUGGAAGCCUUGCGUAGUCUUGCGGGUGAACUUGCUCAGACCACGUCUUCCCUUGAGAACAGAUCAAAAAGGGAUUCUUGCUCAAAAGGUCUUGCCAAUGUCACCUCCUUGGACAAUUCAACCUGAUGAGCAAUGGAGAAAUGUUUCCCAGUGGCCAUUUCAGAGCGUAAGCUAAGUAAAUUACAGUUUAGGACCUCACAGCUUGAAUAGACCUCUCAAAGUUUAAGUUUUUUUUUUUAUUGUGACAGUUUUAUUAUACUUUCAUAUAUGAAAGUCCACGUAAAUUAAGCCUUCCUGUAUGGUUCUCAUGGCCCUUUCUUUCUGCAUGCAUUCACACCUUCUACUCAAAGGUAGCCCUUCGGUACCCCAUCAUUGUUCUGGAUCACGGUGGUGGUCUUGCCUAGUUGAAUCAUGACACCAUCUUAUUCUCUGUUAGCACUUCCCAAAUGGACCCUCUACCUCUUCCCAUUGAGUAGGACCUCACUAGGUCUAUAUCUGGUCCUGCGCUUGCUAGCUAGCCAGAGAUGAUGGGACUUGUAGACUGCUACAUCUGGAGAUGACAAAAGAAAUAGGAAAGAGUUUGAUGGAGAACUGUGGGUGGUAGUUGCCAGUUUUAAGAACUGUCCAUGAUGUAGCUUUAUGGCAUAAAGUCAAGGUGAUGAACCACCUCUUUCACUUGAGCCAGCAUAGAAAUAUAUGUGCAAUCCUAGGCAUGCUUAUUCAGAAUAUUUUGUUCUGUAUUCUAUGAAAUGCAUUUAGAUCCACUUUCAGAGGGAUUCCUUUUUUUCGUGUUUUCCCUACAUAGCUGUGGCUGCAGUAUCACAAGUUUGUUUUCAGCAUCACUAAGCAAAUCUUUUUUUUUUAAGCAAAUUGGAAAGCCAGUUUGGUGUAGGGGAUAAAGGCACCAGGCUGGAAACUGGGAGACUGUACAUUGUAGUUGUGCCUUAGUCACAAACUGUAUGGUAUGUGGGAAAGACCUUGGGAGUCUGGGCAAAGAGACACUGCCAAGGGAACAGUCAGAUAAGAGGUGGCAUAGCCCACAGAUGGAUAA